GAAAAACAGUUAGAACUUAUUUACUUGCACCGCUUUUUACAGCCUAAUUUUCAACUUGCACGUCUGCAAGCGAGGGAAACUUUAUCGUCUGGUUAUGAAAAACAUCAUUUUUGUUAUUCUAUAUCAUACUUCCAUGUUUCGUUCAGCACAGUUGAGUUGAAGAUAACCCGAAACUAGCGACGUUUGUAAAUUUGAGAGGUUUUCGUAGUUGUGGAAAGUUUUAAUAUUCUUAAAUAUCUACCGGGAUUCACAUAAUGGAUUUCUUACGUCUGAGCAACGAGACGACAAAAAAUGAUUCGGAAUCUCUUGGUGAUUUUUCGGUUUUUAAUGACUCGAUAUCAACAAAUACCAUGGAGAGAUCCAGGAAGAAUUUAUUGGGUUAUUUACAAGUGAUAUUGGCUUUAUUAGCGAUUAUCUGUAACCUGUUUAUUGUUUGUGUCAUUCUUUCAUCUAGAACACUGAGGAACUCGUCCAAGCACCUGCUCAUCCUGAACCUAAGUUUCGUAGACUUGAUAAAAAUAGUUGCCCUGGCAUUAUACGUCUAUAUGAAUUUUGCCGAAUCACCUGUUUAUGCGUGUGAUUUGGAAUACAUUUCUCGAUUAAUCACAGACUUAACAACAGGUUUGAGUGGUUUCUUUAUAUUGCUAUUAAAUAUAGACUACAUAGCUACCACAAAUGACUCAACUUCGUAUCCAGGGCGCCGUUUGGUUGGACCUGUCAUACUCACUUUCUUCAACUAUGUCAUUACUGGAAUAGUUCUCGUUCCACUGUUAGUGUUACAUAUUAAACCAGAAAACUUCAUCGGAACACCCACGUCAUCAAACUGCUGGAUAUUCGACAAAGAAUACACGUUUUUGAUUUAUGAGGUAGUUUCUGUCCUUCCACAAACGUUUCUCAUCCUCAUGUCUGGUGGAAUGACCAUAGGUGUCUGCCUCGCCCGCUCGAGUUUGCUCAAUAUCUCCAAGGAUUCAAAUCUUGUCAGACGUCCAAUCGAUUUAAAUAUUGCAGGAUUCCUAACCCUGACUUUGUACUUUGUACCUUAUGUGUAUUCUCUGAUAAGGAAAUUUGUGGAUGAUUGUCAGAUAUGUAGUCCUUACUCGCCCGCUUUCCUCGUAAUACCUAUGUUACCUUUUAUGAAAUGUGUUCUAUUACCAUUUGUAUGGUUAAUGUGUCCAGACGUUCGCGCAGCAUUAAGUAUAAUGUGUUCAAGAAACAAAACUGCUAGUCAGGCAGGAAAUAGCAUAGAGGAACCCCAGCCUAAGCCACACGCAAGUAUAGAGGAUCCUAAGCCUGCACCAUUCAUCAGUAUAGAGGACCCUAAGCCGAAAAUGUAUGCAAGUAUAGAGGAUCCCUAUCCUAAACAGUAUACAUACGUUGGGGACUCGGAACCACCAAAAAGCAUAGAAGACCCCAACACGGAACAUGCAGUACAGCCCAACAAUGACACAAGUCUAACCAACAUCGAAGAACCUAAGGCAGAUCGGAGUAUAGAAAUCCCAAUGACUAGCACCAUCAUACAGGAACAACCUGAAACGAAUAUCGUAAGGGAAGAACCCGUAAAAGAUAACGAUAUCGGAGAAUUGCAUGCAGAUAAGAAUGUCGUGCAUGUAGAUCCUACCGAAAGCAGUGAUGUAGAAACAUCCACAACAGGUAAUUGUGAAGACGAAUGGAUGACAGGUCCGGGUAUAGAAAAAACUCCGGGCAACGAUGCUAUAGAUCAAGCUAUAGAAAAUAGUAACGGAGACCUACCAAUUAUUGACAAUAAUGUAGAAGAACCAAUUGCGACCAGUGACCUAGACGAUCGAAUUACAGACAAUGGACUAGACUACCCGAUUGCAGAUAAUGAUUUCGGUUACCCAGUUGCAGAUAAAGAUCUCGACUAUCCCCUUCCUGAUCUAGAUUAUCCUAUUGCAGACAAUGGUCUGGAAGAUCCGAUUGCAGAUAAUGAUCCUGGUUAUCCGAUACCGGACAAUGAUCUGGGAUAUCCUACUGCGGACAGAAUCCUUGAAGACCCGGUCGCAGAUAAUGAUCACGGUUAUACGAUUCCGGGCAAUGACCUAGAUUAUCCGUCUGGAAAUAAUGGUCUGGAAAAUCAGAUUGCUGGCACAGGAUAUCCCAUUGCAGAUAAAGGUCCGGGAGAACAAUUAAAAGUCGAGGGAUUAGAUAUGUCGAAGAAGCUCGAACCAGGCGAGGAAAUAAUGCUGUAGCCUACGAACAUAUUCAUUAUGGGACCUUUUGUUAAAUGCUAUACCAAUAUCACAAAUUGAUGCAUUUUAUGACAGUCCAUUAUGAUACUUUUUAAUUUUAAGACAUUGCGGCUGUUAUUAAUGACAUCGGAUGGUCUGUAUUAGGUUUAAAAGUGGACGUUGGAUCUAUAUCAAUUCCAGCGUUACAUCUAAUUACAACAUUUGGGGACCUUAGAUUGGCCUACAUUAUUCGAAAGUUAGAUUUCAGUGUGCUCAACAAUGUUAAUACAUCACAACUCUGAGACGCUAGGAUCUGACAAAUUUUGAAUUAAUUUGGGAAAUCCUACUUGGAAAGGAUCUAUAAGAUUCAUUAAACUGUGAAGUAUUGAUUUGAUUCUGUAUUUUUUAUUAAUUGUAGCGUUGUAGAUAUUAAGCUUGAUUUAGUUAGUCUUGGUGCCGUAAGACUAGUGCAGUAAUAAUCAACAUGUUCAUUCAUUUUUAUUGUUGUUUUUUAACAACCCAUUGAAAUACAUACAUGCUUAUAUGCUUGCUAUCAAUUGCAAAAACGGCGAUUUAUUUUCAUACCCCUUUUUUAUACGCCUGCUGUGAAAUGUGGCAAUUUUAUACUGUCUACCAUGUCCGUCUUCCAUGUUUAGUGACUCAUCUAAAUCUGAAACUGUUAGAUAUGAAUAUUUAGUUGUUAAUUACAAUUCCACAUAUUUUGUUAAGAACCAUAGUAAUUUCAAAAAUAAAUACACCGCCAACAAGAUAAUUCAGAUGUUGGAUUUUUUUAAUUGAUAAUAUCUUUCUUGAAUUUGGAGGGGAAAUGUAUCAGCAAGUGGUAGGUAUCCCCAUGGGCACCAACUGUGCAGCUUUGCUUGCUGAUUUGUUUCUAUCACUGUUCAUCACGUGUAUUUUGCAUACGGAUAGUCCAUUGGCCAAUUACGUUAUUUUAUCGAGAUUUCGUUUAAUGGGUUGGAUGCAGCUAUGGCGGGUGUGGCGCCAGGCAGGGUAAGCUUACUCUUCCGGACACCUGUUACCACUGUUUGUCGUGUAUUUUGUACACUGUGAACAGUCCAUUUGCUGAUUACACUAUUUUGCCUAUAAAGUUUUUUUUAGGACGGUUCGUACUUGGUUUUAUUUUAUUUAUGCAUUAGUUACAUUAGUGAGACGAAAUGGCCUAUUGAAUGUCAAACAAGUUCUUUAAAUUACUUAUGUGGUUAUUACCCUUGUCACCACGUAGAAUAUAGUAGACAUUGUGACGACAAAUGUAGCAUCCGAUCUGCUUAAAAAUCUAAUGGCAAUGUUCAAAUCAGUGAGACAAAGAACUUCAUCGAUUAAAAACAAUAUACGUCCUUUACUUUUAAGAGUUGAUGCCUUUGAUCUCUUUGUAGAAUCUUGAAACCUAGGCGUUUUAAUUGUUUCGGUUAUUAAGACAAAUAAGUCUACCGAGUAACAAUAAUUUCAGAUAAUAAAUUAAUAGUAAGUGCAGGAGACUCGCAUUAUACACAAAAUAAAACCGAUAAGACAAACCUGUGGAAAAGACAAACCUGUGAAAAAGACAAACCUGUGAAAAAGACAAACUACACAGACAUUGUAAGAAAUAAACAACAAUAAUAUCAAUUAGGGUGAACGCUCUAGUGGUAUUUAUCAAGGUUUCGCAUUGUUUUAUUUACCUAAAGAAUAACCAAAAGACAACUGUUAUGAAUUAAGACACUGGCGACUUAUUUGUGGUGAACUAACUUAAGGGGUUUUUUUGUGCUGUAAAACAAUCAUACAGCACUGAUGCAGAUUAUCGAUGAUUAUGUCACCAUUUUCGCCACCGUACAAAUUUAGUUUUAGACAAUUUAUUGUAACUAUACUUUGAUAUAAUAUGACCAGUCCGGUUACCAACAAAGAUUAAAUGUAUUAAAGCAUGCCUCGACUAUCCUCAGCCACUAAAGAGGGUAUGAUUGUAAACAUGAUGAUAUGGAAUGGUACGAAAUUUGUUUAUAAAAUGGCCACGCGAUUCACUACGGACUGUUUCCAUCGUUAUACUUUAUUGUGUCUACUGUUUUAUAUUUUAAUUCUAGAACAGUGAUUAAACAAUUCAGUUAUACUAUAAUAUUGCACUCAACUCAGAAAUUGUCACCUUUAGUCUAUAUCAGAAGUAUAGUUGCAGCCAGGGCCGGUGCUACCAGGCUGCCUACUUGGGCGCCCACGAGAGGGGCAAGGCACAAAAGAUUAGUUUGUUACUUAUUCUCAGAAUUUGAACUAAAUUUGGCAGUUACAUGUUUUUAAAAAACGAACUUAGCAUUAUUUGUUUUCGGCUGAAAAUAUAGUAUGUCGCUGGGAGAGAGAGAAAUGAGGCCCCAAAUCCACUCGACACAAACUAUGUCAUUUCGGGACUAGCAUAAUAUCAAUCUGAACGACAGACCCACCCUACCUGCAGAGAAGUGCGGAAAAAAAAAGCUAGCUGCCAUUUAAUUUUUGGACGUUAGUUACGUACGGCAUAAUAUGGUAAAUUUAUUUUAAUAAUUCGCUUGCGCGUAUGGGCCUUCAAAGAUUCGUGGGUUCAAAGACGAAAUGCCGAUUUAUCAUUUGUUUAAAAAUGUGUGUUCGGUUUAAAACGACCACAUUGAGACAGAUUACUUCAAAUGGGGCAAUUAUCCAAUAAAGCAUUUAGUUGCUCGUAAAGGUAAAUAUCAAUAUAUUUAAUCUUUUGUCUUUCCUCAAAACUCCAUAUAUAAAUAAAGAUGAUUUGAAUAGUUUAAACAUUAUAAAAUCAGUAUAAUAAUGUACAUACAUGUAGGCCCAUAUACAAUGACAAUAGGGCCAUAUAUCAACAGGGUAUUUUAGAAAUGUCAAGCUCUAUAACAUUUUACAGUUAUAAAUAAUGUACGUAUAAAUAAUGGUAGCAGUAAUAGAAAUAUAAUUAGAUAAUUUACUUGAUUCAGAGUGUAACAAAUGUUGACUGUUGUGUUGGUGGAGUUUCUAGUGAAUAGAACCCGAGAGCUUGUGUCGAUGGUGGACAAUAACUAAAACAAUUCAGCUGUUCUUUCUUACAAUUAUAGACGAUAGUAUUCAAAAAAAUAACAAUGGAAAACUACACAAGAUCCCAGCCUGCUACACUCGAGUCAGAG